AUGAAGCCACUAAAGAAACAGGGGGGGCGCUCUCCCCCCUCCACACGGGCCAAAGGGGGGAAGAAGAGAGGGGUGACACAGACCCCCCCAGAGAGGGACAACAGGAACAAACUCAGGAAGGAGAACCAAGACGGACAGCCUCAAACCACGCCCCCCGCCCACUCGCCACAGAAACAAUCCACAACCACCUCUGACAGCUCUCAGCGGGAGUCAAUCAGAGGCAGCGAGACCCCAAAGAAGGAGGGGCCUAGAGAGCAGCUGCCGCCAAGGCAACCUGAAGAUAAAGAGAAGACCGAGGACAACAGAAGGGGGGGUUGGGGGUAAACCAGGGGGGCCUAACAGCACCCCCACCACCACCCAUAACAACACCCUCACCAUCCCCACCCCCACUACCAGUCCCAGCCCUACCUCCAUGUCCAGUAGGAAAACAGCCACCUUCAAGGCCAGAGUCCCCAAGAAGAAGUACAUCGCUGAACACUAUGCUAGGUAGCAACGCGCCCAGCCUCACCUUCACCCCUGCCCCCAUGCACAACAGCCACAGUAACUACAACAGCAGCAGCAGUAACAACAGUAGUACUAGCAGUAGUAUUAACAUCAUCAACAGCAGUAGUACUAACAAUAAUAAUACCAUUAGUAACAGUAGUAGGACUAACACUACUAUUAAUGGUAUUAACAGUGGUACUAACAGCAUUAGUAACAGCAUUAGUAACAGCCAUAGUAGCAGCUCAGUCAGCCACUCAGUAGCCCCCAGUGUGUCCAAUGAGGAGAGGAAUGUAGCCGCUAGCAGCCACAGCCAUGGCCCGGGGGAACAGGGGACGACAGGGGCCUCCAUAGGGCCCAACAAUGGCAGUGUGGCCCCCCAGGACAGAGCGAGAGAGCCCCAGGGUGGGGAGACAGAGGCAGAGGGGGCCCCUAACUCGGUACGCUCCGUAUCCACUGAUACAGCCAGCGAGCACGAUCUGGAGGUGAACUCCCAGCCCAGUACCAGCCCUGCUAGAGCCCCCUACCAUGGCAGCCUGCCCCCUUACUCUGCUACUACCUCCCAGCCCGGCCCCAGCCCCAACCAGAGCCACAGAAAGGGCAGUCUGUCAGGGGUGGAUGCCCUGGCCAAAGGCCUGAAGAACCAGAGAGUUCUAGCCCGCUGUCGACGGAGAGACAGACUUAACAGAGAGGAAGGCGGGAGGGAGAGAGAGAGGGAUGGACCCCUGUCUCCUAUGUUCAGGGCUGGGGUGGUGCGGAGGGUAAGUGGGGGCAGCGCUGAUAUCCAGCUGCAGGGGGAGGAGGGGAUACUCUGUUACCCCUUCCAGGGGGGGACCGCACUCCCAGAGGGGGAGAAAACGAGCGUGGAGUUCAUCCUGGACGCCCCCCCUCCCGUCAUGGCCUCCGUGGCCAUUGGGACACGUGUAUGUGUGCCUUUCAGAGGGGGAGGGGGGCAAGAUGGGGGGGAACAGGGGACACCUCAGCUAUACAGAGAAGGGGUGCUGUCCCAGGUAGACCCCCACCCUGCCGUGGCGUUCCCCUACAGGGUGCUACUGUGUGAGGAUAGAGAGGCGCUGGAGAAUGGAGGGAGGGAGGAGGAGGGAGGGAUGGAGGAGGAGAAGAGGAGGAGGGCGCAGGCCCAGGCUGUAUGGGUGUCCAGACAGAGCCUGAGGCUGCUGACUGCCCCCUGGGAACUGCCUCACCCAGAGGGGGAGAGGGAGAGAGAGAGGGAGAGGAGGGAGGAGAUGGAGGUGGAGAGGGAGGUGGAGAGGGAGAGAGAGAGGGAGGAGAUGGAGGUGGAGAGGGAGGUGUGCCAGCUGAGUAUUGGGAUGGUGCUGGGUGGGCCGAUUGGAGGGGGGGCGAGGUUGGUGCACAGCUUCUCUCCAGCUGGGGUGGUGGGGGGGCAUCACUAUGGAAACGUCCCCCCCCACCCCUCCUCCUCGUUGGUAACGACCAGUGUUGUCGCCAGCACGGGAGAGGGUUACCCUGACAGAGAGAGAGAACAAGAGAGGGAACAAGAAAGAGAGAGACAGAAACAGCCCCACACACCAGAGGAGGACAUGGAGGUGUCUAGGUUCAGUAUGGGCCCCCAGCAUCGCCACAUCCUCUCCAAGCCCCUCCUCGGGAGGCACAGCUACCCCUCCUCCCACCACCUAUCUGUGGUCCGGGGCCUGGGCACGCCACUGGGCUCUGACCUGUCCCCCCUCACCUUACCUGGCCCUGAGGCCCUGGGCACGACCUCCCCACCACACCUACCCCCUUCCAAGAGCACCCCGGUCCCCCUGGACAAGACCCCCUCCCAGAUCCCCACCCCUAUCCCUGGAGGGGGGUCUACCUCAACCUCCUCCUCAGCCUCCUCCUCGCGCUCCCGCACCCCCCUGUCGGCCGCCCUGCAGAAGUACAAGAAGGGGGACGUGGUGUGCACCCCCAACGGCAUCCGCAAGAAGUUCAACGGCAAGCAGUGGAGACGCCUCUGUUCUAGAGAGGGAUGUAUGAAGGAGUCCCAGAGACGAGGCUACUGCUCACGCCACCUCUCCAUGAGAACUAAAGAGAUGGAGGGAGCGGGAGGAGGAGGGGGAGAGAGGGACAGGGGGAGAGGAGGAGGGGGGGGGGGGAGCAGUUCGGGGACGGUCACCCCCUCGGACCUGCGUGGGUUUGACUGGGAUGAGACGUCCAGAGACAGCAGCGAGGCCAGCAGUAGAGGAGACUCCCGCCCUCGUCUGGUGCUGCCCUCCCUCCUCCCCCAUGACUUCUCCAGGUUUGACUUUGACGAGUGUGAGGCAGCCACCAUGCUGGUGUCACUGGGCAGCUCUCACUCUGGGACCCCCUCCUUCUCCCCCAUCUCCAACCAGUCCCCUUUCUCCCCCGCCCCCUCGCCCUCACCCUCCCCCCUCUUCGGAUUCCGUCCAGCCAACUUCUCCCCCAUCACCGCCUCCUCCGUCCUCCCCCCUCCUCGCAGGCACAGACACCCCAGUGCCACGGGGGGCAAGCUGGGCACCCCUGGGGGGGCAGAGAGGGAGAGGCAUACCUCAGGGGUCCAGCCUUCAUUCCACACUAACCUGACCUUCACCGUCCCCAUGAGCCCCAGCAAACGCAAAACAGACGUUCCUCCUCCCCCUCCUCCCCCCUCCCACCCCCACCAUGACUACCCCCCCAAACCUGAGCUGGAGCAGGGGGACCUGAACCCUGCCUCAUUCCCCGUACUCUCCCCCCAGACCCCAGCACACACCCACGCUUACACACCCACCCUCUCCUAUCCCCGAGGGGUGAGCACACCAACCAGCCGGCCCCCCUCCUCCUCCGCCACCUCUCCCCCUCCCCUCCUGGUGUCCCCAACUCCCCUCUCCCCUCCAGACUCAGGCCCUUGCCGUGUCCACCCCACAUCCCAGCAGGCCUUGCGGGACUCUCCAGUGAUCGUGCGGAACCCGGAGGUACCUCUGGCCAAGUUCACAGAGCAUCCAUUAGGCCGUGGGGGAGGGGGAGGAGGUGAUCCUAAGAAUCUUAACAGCGUUACCCCCCAGCUUGUCUCCACUCUCCAAGUCCCUGUACCCAUCAAUGCUGCUGCUUGCGGCAACCAACGGCACCGUCCUCCUCCAGAGCCCCACCCCCACCCUGGUGCUGGUGUCAUCCACCCCGCCCUCCCUGACCUCCGUCACCCCCGGUUACCCCACUCUGGCUUGCAUCUCCAUCUCCACCACGCCCCCCUCUUCGGGACCCCCCCUGACCAACCCAGCCAGCCCAGGGGGAGGGGGGUGUAGGAUGGAGAGGACAGGCUCGUUUGGGGGGGAGGUCCAGCAGCCAGUGGCCUGUCACCCCUCUCCUACAGCCCUGCUGCCCCUCAUACUGCCUGCAGAGAACCUGCACCCCACACCAUGCAAAGAAAUCAUCAAUUGGACGCCCCGGGAC